AUGCCCAGGUUCGGGCAACAAAUCCUUGUUAAUGGUGCACUGGGGACCAUAUAUGACUUUGCCUAUGAGGAUCACGUACAGGAUCCUCAAGCUCAUCAUCCCUUUGUCAUUAUGCCUAUCUUUCGCUCCUGGCGGGACUUCAUCAAGGGUAGUAUGCCCUGCUCUCGCACUCAGUUUCCCUUGACAAUUGCAUAUAGCAUCACUGUGCACAAGGCACAGGGUGCUACGCUUGAAUGGGUUGUUGCCGAUAUAUCCCAUCGCGAUUUCCAGUCUGGCCUCACCUACGUCGCCGUCUCGCGCGCCAAGACGUUGAAUGGCAUCAUGUUUGAUGCGUCCUUUGAUCUCAAUGAUAUCCGGCGUCGCACGGAUGGCUCUAUGGCUGCUCGGGCUGCUGACGCUGCCCGGCGUGCUGGCCAGGUUGUGACUGCCCAGGAAGCAUUGAAUUGA